GGGCUCCGUUCCCUGUGUUCGUGCUUUCGGGGAUGUCUAUUCGCUGCUAUCCACAAGUCAUGGACACUAAUCCAUCAAACUCUUUCGUUCCCCCCGAACUGCCUGCUGCUUUUCAGGAGUUCUCAACGUCAUCGCGCAGAGAGGAGGACAAGCCAUUAGACAUCGAGUCAACUGAUGACGACCAGUGUCCAUUCGAUCUGCAGAAAAGCAGUCUUAAAGACCGUCGAAGAGCCAAGUCCUUACCUGUAUCGGCAGAACAAGCGUGCCUUUUCGAGAGCUGCGCAAAGAGAGUACAGUUUGCAGACACGUUUGGACUCGACUUGGCGAAUGUGAAGCACUUCAAUGUCACCGAGGAUCCACAUGUCCCAUCCAAAGUCUUCAGUAGACUGAAGAGCUAUCCUCAUGAGGAGAAAGAUGGCAGAGUCGUCGACCUGUGCGACUCAUUUUCAUCUUCUUUAAAACUGUACCGUUUGAAUCCAACUUUCACAAUGCCUGUUGAAUCAGAGGACUUCGACAUGCGUCUCCAGCAAUUUGGGGUUGCAUUAGAGAGAGUGUCUAUCACUCAUUUUGACGUUAAUGGUGUAAUUCGAGCGAUGAAAACUGAUUCAGCACAGAAAGAAGUCGGGGUGAGGCAUACAUUCAAUGACUGGAUGACUUUUGUGGACACGAAAGCGGUGCUCCAGUCUAGCAAAGCGGAACAAGAACUUUGGAAUCAAUUUGUGUUUACUCUCUACAUACCUCCGUAUAUGAACCCAGGCUUCUCUGUGCAGUUUGCUGUGUACUAUCUCACCGAUCAAGGACACCUCUGGGACAAUAAUGCAGGCCAGAAUUACACCCUCAGAUGGGAUAAUACAUAGGAUUUCAUACUUUCAUACUUUCAUACUGUAUUAACAGGGGAGUACCUAAUUGACCACUGUCAUUAUUAGCACUACAUUUUAAACAUGUAUAAUUUCCAAGAGGCAAUACAUGAUACCUUGAAACAUACGUUUAUCUUAUGCCUGUGCUUAUGUUUUGACCUGAAACAGAUUAAUGCAUGAACCUAGAGGAGGGAGAGUAGGGAAGGGGGGGAAAAACCUGCAACAAAGUAUUUAGUAUUACAUCUUUAAUAGAUAUUUUGACAUACAUAAUCUUGACAUGGACAACAAAAGAUAACUAUAAUAAUAUACAUCUAAAUGUACACUUUACUUUUGGUAUAUGUAUACAUGGCAGGUUGCAUAACGAGUGCAUGUGUGGCUGAUGCCUAUACAUUAAACCUUUUCUGCUUCUGGUCCCCAAUCAAAACCAUUAGCUUGGUUGUCAGAAAUGCCUGCUUGCUUGAUCCUCAACAACAGUCUUCUGGGUUGUGUAGUACUGUCCAAUGGACACCUGAAAGUACAACAGUGUGUGACUUUUUUUUUUGUAAGAAUGUGUUUGACACAUAAGGCUUGCACAUGUGUUCAUCUCAGCACUAUUACAAACAAGGAAAAGUUGGGACCGAUAAAGCAGACCAACUUUUACUCAGCGCUUGUUUUUAAUUUGUUCUCAGUC